AUGGCUUGCAGAAACAUUAUGUCCAUUAUUUCGACCAUGCAGCCACAAAAACUUCAUACUAUAGAAAAGCAAAGUCAUCCUGAAAGGAGGAUAUCUACCUAUAAACCAAACAUUUGGAAAUAUGAUCAUCUACUUUCUCUUACAAGUGAAUAUUCUAAAAAGAAGUACAAAGUUGAAGCUGAGAAGCUAAAAAAGGAAGUGAUCAGUUGCACGUUUUCAAACACAGUUAGUCCACUGGCCCUGCUAGAGCUUGUUGACAGAAUUGACAAAUUGAGCCUCAGUAGUUACUUUGAGGUUGAAACUAAGGAAGCUUUGGAAAAGAUAAUAAAGUGCAUGUACAGUGGUGCUAAUUAUUCAAGUUCAAAGGAUCAUGAUGAGGAUCUCUAUGCUACUGUAUUGUGCUUCAGGCUCCUCGGGGAACAUGGCUACCAUGCUUCACAAGAUAUGUUAAAUGACUUGUUCGCUGGCAAAGGGAAACUCAUGACAAAGAAAGUCUCAGAUAUCAAAACAUUAUUGGAGCUUUUGGAAGGAUCAUAUCUGAGCAUGGAUGAUGAAAACUUACUGAACGACAUGAGAAUGUUCUCAACCAAAAACCUCAAGAAUUUAUCUAAAUCAAAUGUUGACAGAUUUACUACUAAUGAGGAAUACAACUUGAGCAAUAGCUUGAAGUACAAUCCGUUGGCAUUGAGAGUGGGAUGGUACGAUGUUAGAAGACACCUUAGUGCUCAAGAUGAACUAGAAUGUUACGCAAAUCCAAUGUUGUUGAAGUUGGCAAAACUUAACUUCAAUAUUAUUCAAGCCACACACCAAAAAGAUCUUAAAGAUGUGAUAAGAUGGUGGAGGAAUCUUUGCAUAGUUGAAGAUUUGUCCUUUACAAGGGACAGGAUAGUAGAAAGCUUCUUUUACGCUGUAGGAAUUGCCUCUGAGCCUCAACAUGGAAGCAUGAGAAUAUGGCUCACCAAAGUGAUUCAAUUAAUUUUAAUUAUAGAUGAUGUUUAUGAUAUUUAUGGUUCAUUACCCGACGUGGAGCAAUUCACUCGUGCCAUAGAGAAGUGGGAUCCAAAUGAAGUACAAUGUCUACCAGAGUGUAUGCAGAUUUGUUUCAGAGCAUUGCAUGAUACAAUGGAAGAGAUAUCUGUUGAAAUUCAACAACAAAAGGGUGGCCCUUCAGCAUUACCUUAUCUGAAACAAGUGUGGGUCAACUUCUGUAAAGCCUUGCUGGUGGAAGCAACCUGGUAUCACAAAGGCCAUAUACCAACACUUGAAGAGUAUCUUGACAAUGGGUGGACCUCCUCAUCCGGGCCAUUACUUUCCUUUCAUGUGAUUUUUGGUCUGACCAAUGAAAUAACAAAUGAAACCAUUGAUUUAUGCAAAAAUUGCAAAGAAAUUAUUUACCAUACUUCGGUUAUAAUUCGACUUUGCAAUGACCAAGGUACCUCAACGGUUGAGCUAGAGAGAGGUGAUGUCGCUUCAUCAAUUCUAUGUUACAUGCAAGAAGAAAAUGUCUCAGAGGAGGUAGCUCGAGAGCAUAUCGAAAGCAUAAUUAUGGAUUCCUGGAAGAAGAUCAAUUACCAUUUCAAUACCCUUUCUACAUCACAUCGAAAACUUGUUAAGCAUGUAAUAAAUGAAGCACGAAUGGCGCAUGUCAUGUACCAAUUUGGGGAUGGAUUUGGGGUUCAAGAUGGCGAAACCCAAGAUCAAGUCUUGUUCAACUUGGUUGAGCCUAUUACAUAAUCAUGUGACAAUCUCUCCAAGCCUUCUAGAAUUUGUUGCAUAUAUGUAUGAACAAGAAAGAUGUGAAGCUUUCAUGCAUUGAGCUCUCGCUAUAAAGUUUGGGAUUGGUGAGAUAUUGGGUCUAUUGUACACAAUCAACAGCGAAUCUAGGAUUUAAAGUUGCAUAAUUUAUGUAACUUAUAAGUUACAUAUUUCUUCCGUUCCAAUUUAUGUGACACUUUUUGAAUUUCGAGAGUUAAACGAACUUUUUUUUAACGUUAUUUCCUUAUGUGCCUAUUCAAUAUUUUAAAUUAUUAAUUAUUGUGACCUAAACUACUUAUGUAGUUCCAAAUCUAUAGAAUUUAUUUUAAAAACAAAAAAAAUUAUGUCUAAAUUCACAGUCAAAAUUAAAAUAUUUAACUCUCGAAAAUCUGAACUGUCACAUAAAUAGGAACAGAGGGAUCGUAGUAC